AUGCUCCGGCUUUGCAUCACCUCCUCCCCAGCUGCCGCUGUCCGUGGUGCUGCGGCCACGCUGCUGCAAUGCGCGCGGUGCGAGCUGGCUACAUCCGCCACGGCGAUGUCGUCCUCUUCCCUCUCCUCUUCCUCGGCGUUGUGCUUCAGUCGACGAUAUCAGCGUUCCACCUCCACGCGUGCCCGGACCAGCACGUGGGAGGAGAAGACGAAGAAGUUUGAGGAGCGACGGCGCGAGCAGCAGGAGGAGGCGGCCCGUGCCGCCCGCCGUCGUGCUCGCUACACGUCCACCGCGUGCGGCGCCGCUGCCGCUCCUGCGUUUCCUUCCUCCUCCUCUGCUUUCUCCGGUGCAGCACACGCGGACGCAGAGGAGCUUUCAUCGUCCGCCUCGCAGGACAGCCUCGCCAAGCCGUCCACGGGGCUUUGGGACUUCCUCCGUGGCGGCAACAAGGGCCGCCUCUCCCAGCCACUGAAUCCGCUGAUGUACCUGGAGCGUAUGAAUGGCAAAUCGCAAUACGACCCAGACGCGCGGGCGGCGCAGCGCCUGAUCGACGCCGUCAACGGUCUGCGCCGCCGCAACCCCCGUCGGCAGGACUCCAUGACGGUGCAGCUGUCGGAGACGGAGAAGCAGGAGAUCGUCCGCCGUUACGCCUCGACGCGGUGGUACGGCGCGCUGUACAAUCCUUUUAAACACGUUACAGAGGGGCAGAUUCGCUGGGGGCUGCGCCUUGGGCACAUCGGGCUAGCGUUGCUGAUCCUCGCUUUCUUGGUGUGUGUGUUGCUGGCGUUUACGAAAGAGAUGGACACCGUGGCGAAGCUGUCGCCGGAGGAUCAGCGGGACUACGCGUACAUGGUGCGAGGCAUGCGUUACUCGGACAUCUACAAGGUGGGCAAGGCCGUGUUGGACAGCGACGACCCGCUCGAUGCGCUGCCGCCGGAGGUGCGUCUGCACAUCGUGAUUGAUGCCUGUCGGGAGAAGCGGUGGCACCAGGUGGACUGGGAUAUGGAGCUUCGCACGAUGCACCCCAAGUCCGCGUGGGAGGAGCGGGAUGUGUUGCACCUGCUGUACUGGACGGUGGCGGAGGUUGGCCGAGCGAUGUCGGGCGGUGGCGGCCUCUUUACCGACCGCAUUUUGGACGUGGGGAAAGUGCGACAGGGCAGUGCCGAAUCGCCGGAGGAGCGGGAUCGCUUUGUGGAGAUGGAGCCGACCGCGAUGCCGACCAGGACGACGCGUGGCUUCUUUUCGUAG